CGAUUGGGAGACAUGGCAUGAGAGGCUGUGUCAUGUGAACUUCCCUAUGCUGCAGAAGUUGGUGAAGGAUGGGAGCCUGAAAGGAUUGGAGGUAAAGGGGGGAUUGAAGGAGAUUGGGAGCUGCCCUACAUGCUUGGAGACCAAGUUCUCCAAGUUCCCCUUCAACAGCACUACAGGACCAGCCAAGACCCCACUUGCACUUGUGCACAUGGAUGUGUGGAAGGCGAGUGAGGAUGAGGAGUUCGGGUCCCUGAUUGAAAACGAGACAUGGGACCUGUGUGACUUGCCUCCUGGAAAGAAGGCAAUCACUUCCAAGAUGAUCUACAGGCACAAGUAUGGACCUGAAGGGGAGCUGACCCGCUACAAGUCUAGGCUUGUGGCACGGGGGUUUCAGCAGACAAAGGGGAAGGACUAUGAUGAGGUGUUUGCUCCUGUGGGGAAAGGAACAACACUGAGGGUGCUGUUAGCGAUAGCUGCACUCCUGGGAUGGAAGAUACGGCAGAUGGACAUUGUGACAAUGAGUCCGCUGUGAAGCUCGCCAAGAAUGCUUGUCUGCAUGGGCUGACAAAACACAUAAGGCCUAAGUGGCAUUGGAUGUUGGUAUGGUGGAUGAUGGUUGGCAGCCAGAGGGGGAGAUUGUUGUGUGAUGUCAUCAUAUGCUAUCACAUUCUGUCUGCCUCCCAUCCCAUGUUUUUUCAACUUGCAUGUGUGGUUUGAAUGUGCAAGCAUUUGUGUGUGGUGUGUUCUGGAGUUUGGGAAUGUGUUUUGUG